CUUAACUCCCAGCUCUUCCCGCCUCUUCUGGCUUCAUCAGUUUCCAUCCCUCGUCGUACAGAUUUUGUUGUGAAAUUAUUUGCAAAUUAUUAUAAACAAUUCCAAAAUGGGCUUUGCAUCUUUGUCCUCGGGCGUUAUUGCUCGCAUUAUGAAUGGCGACGAUGUGACGAAGCCGGUGCUACAGAUCUUGGCCAUUAAGAAAAUCAACAGCAAUGCAGAUGCGGAGCGUUAUCGCAUAUUGAUUUCCGAUGGCAAGUACUUCAAUAGCUACGCCAUGUUGGCCAGCCAGCUGAACGAGAUGCAGCACCGGGGACAGCUGGACGAGUUCACGAUUGUGCAGCUGGACAAGUACGUGACGUCGAUGGUGGGCAAGGAGGGAGCUGGCAAGCGCGUCCUAAUUAUAUCAGAGUUAACCGUGCUCAAUGCGGGCGCCGAGGUGAAGGAGAAAAUUGGUGAGCCUGUCACAUAUGAAACUGCCGCCAAACAGGACUUGGUGGCCAAAGCGGCACCGCCUGUUGUGGCCAAAAAGGAGCCGACUCAGAGCAAAACCAACAACAACAAUAACAAUAACAACAUUACAUUGAAUGCCUCGAUUAACGCGGGAAUGACGCAUCCCAUCUCCAGCCUGAGUCCCUACCAGAACAAGUGGGUGAUCAAGGCGCGUGUGACCUCCAAGACAGCCAUACGCACUUGGAGCAAUCCGAGGGGUGAGGGCAAGCUGUUCAGCAUGGAUCUGAUGGAUGAGUCGGGUGAGAUUCGUGCCACGGCCUUCAAGGAGCAAUGCGACAAGUUCUACGACAUGAUACAAGUGGACAGCGUUUACUUCUUCUCCAAGUGUCAACUGAAGCCGGCCAACAAGCAGUACUCGCAGCUGGAUAAUGCCUACGAGAUGACCUUUACGGGCGAAACAGCUGUCCAGCUGUGCGAAGAUGCGGACGAUGGCGGCAUUCCCGAUAUUAAAUACAAUUUGGUGCCCAUUUCCGAGGUCUCUGGCAUGGAGAACAAGGCGGCUGUCGACACAAUUGGCAUCUGCAAGGAGGUCGGUGAACUGCAGGCCUUCACCUCGCGCACCACCAACAAGGAGUUCAAGAAGCGCGACCUCACCCUGGUGGACAUGAGCAACUCGGCCAUCAGUCUGACCCUGUGGGGCGAUGAUGCCGUCAACUUUGAUGGCCAUGUUCAGCCAGUUAUCCUGGUGAAGGGCACACGCAUCAAUGAGUUCAACGGCGGCAAGAGCCUGAGUCUGGGCGGUGGCUCCAUCAUGAAGAUAAAUCCGGACAUUCCCGAGGCGCACAAGCUGCGCGGUUGGUUCGACAAUGGCGGCGGUGACAACAUUGCCAACAUGGUGUCGGCCCGCACUGGCGGCGGCAGCUUCUCCACUGAAUGGAUGACAUUCAAGGAUGCGCGGGCACGCAACCUUGGCGCUGGCGACAAGCCCGACUACUUUCAGUGCAAGGCAGUGGUGCAUAUUGUUAAGCAGGAGAAUGCCUUCUAUCGCGCCUGCCCCCAGUCUGACUGCAACAAGAAGGUGGUCGAUGAGGGCAACGAUCAGUAUCGCUGCGAGCGCUGCAAUGCGCUUUACCCCAACUUUAAGUAUCGUCUGCUUGUCAAUAUGAGCGUGGGCGACUGGACCUCCAAUCGUUGGGUCACCUGCUUCAAUGAAACCGGCGAGCAGCUGCUCAAGCACACAUCCCAGGAGGUUGGCGAGGCUCUCGAGAAUGAUCCAGCCAAGGCUGAGGAAAUAUUUUCAGCUCUUAACUUCACUUCGCACAUCUUCAAGCUGCGCUGCAAGAACGAGGUGUACGGCGACAUGACCCGCAACAAGCUCACCGUUCAGUCUGUGGUGCCCCUCAACUACAAGGAGUACAAUCGCCAUCUGCUCAAGGAGCUGCAGGAGUUGACUGGCAUCGGCAGCAGCAGCAACUGAAUAUCCACUCCUAAGAUUAUUGUUUAACAUUAUUUAAGAUUCAUACCAUAAUAAUUUCGAUUGGCAUUUAAGCUGCACGAUGCUGGAGCAUCGCAUCCCCUCCCACAUUUAUUAACAAAAAAGAAACGAGUCGAAAGGGAACAUUUAUAAAUUGAAACAAACAGA